GACACUAACAAUUAGGCUCUUGUCCCAGCACGACCUGCAGCACGACAAUGAAAUCAUCUGAUGGUGAUGGUGCUUCAGCUAAGGCCAUAUAAUGUGAAUGUGAUACAAAUGUUUACUUUUCUCCGUUGUUUUAAGUUGUUUUUUGUGCCUGUUUGUUUCAUUUUAAAAUAGUAUAAUGUGGAAAUGUCACAAGUGCGGAAAACCCGUAUAUUUCGCGGAGAGAAAGCAGUCUCUGGGAUAUAAUUGGCAUCCAGAAUGUUUGCGUUGCGAGGAGUGCGGCAAAAGGCUGAACCCAGGGCAGCACGCCGAACACAAAGGAGUGCCCUAUUGCCAUGUGCCUUGUUAUGGGGCCCUGUUUGGGCCGCAGCUGUUCGGACACGGGACGAGAGUGGAGUCGCACAAGAGUUUCGGCCAACAGAAAGACGUGUCUAAAGUUGGAAAUGGGCCAUCACUGCCUAGAUCACAUUUAGAAUCAAAAAUAAAGGUCUACAAUCAGUUUUUUGAAGGGAAAAGCGGCGAAAUUCGUAGUCGCGAAGUUAACGGGCGGUUGAUUUUAGAAGGGUCUUUACGUAUCUAUUGGGGUGUUCAAGGUGUGAUACAUUUGAAAGAGAACGAUGACCAGCGUACUGUCGUUACAGUGAGGAAACGAAAUUCGUGUCGCAUCUCUACAAGUACAGAUAAUGAUUCAGAUGAUGAUGUACAAAGUCUUUCUCGUGAUACCAGUUAUAAUGAUAUUUCCACUUGCUCGGAUAUUUCGACUAGUUUAGAUUUUAGUGAUAUGAAUAAGUCAGAUACAGGAACUGAAAGCGGGCUUGAUUCCACUGAUACCAGUACCGCUGAGAAUAGCCCCAUUACACCUCCAAUGGAGAUGUUGCCUAAAAGUGUAACCCUACCCUCGAAAUUGGAUGUGAAGAAUUUGGAGUGGGAUGAGCUGGAUGAAUUAUUGCAAGUUGAAAGGAAAUUUGAUGAGUCUGAUAAAAUAUAUCAAACUAUGCCUGUACCACUGCCAUCCCAGUCAAGUACAGAAACUAGUUCUUCCACACAGAGUAAUGACAGCAGUACAAAAACUGAAAGUUAUCAAGGCGAUAACAGCGACAAAACAGUUGACAGCGAAACAAUACAACAACCCCUUGAAAACGGCACUACAACCGACGAACUUUCACCCUUGAAAAGGUCAAUUAGUAAAGACGAUACUUGGCUGGAGAACAGCAAUCAUUUAAAUCGAUCGAUGUCCGGCCCUGAUUGUUUAGGGAGGCUCCGGGAUCCGCAGUCCCCGGAAUUCGAUCGAUCGUCAAUUACGAGUACCGACAUAUCAACGAUGUCUGAAGCACUUGGUGAUGUGGUCAUUCGAAGACCAGCGAAAACGGGCUCAACGGCAAUAAGACGAAGACCAGGCAAAAGAUUAUCUCGAAGUAAAGUAAAACGUAGGUGUUCAAUAAACGGCCAUUUUUACGACAGAGAAACGAGUUUCUUCACGCCACCGCAUGGAAGUCAAACGAGUGUUUGGGUGACGUCGCUAGUCAAUACGCAAGAAGUCAUAAAUCUGAUGCUGGAUAAAUAUAAGGUUGACAGUGAUGGGAGUAAUUUUGCUCUGUUUGUUGUUCGAGAUAAUGGCGAACAAAGACGACUGAAGGAAGAUGAGUAUCCGUUGUUGACGCGCGUUGUAUUAGGGCCGCAUGAAGACGUCGCUAAAUUAUUUUUAAUGGAUAGUCAUAAUACUCCUGAAGUUAGUAGUGAGGUAGCACAAUUUUUGAAUCUCUCUUUAGCUGAAUGCCGUGCUAUUUUAAGCCAGUAUUACUCCCAGGAAGAGAAAGAAGUUGCUAAAUUGAAAGAAAAAUAUCACGAAAUGAGGAGAAUAAUGUCAUACAGAAUGGAGGAGUUAAAGACCAGUUUUUAAUUUUGCGUAUCCCACAAGCUCUCUUUUCAACGUUUUUCCCUCCACUUUUUAUUCUUAUUUAUUAUGUCAAGAUAUUUUAUACUUGUGUGUUUUCCAUUUUUUUAAACGCUAUUGCUUUUAGAUUUUUCAAUUUGUAUUUAAUACAUAUUAAUUUUAG